AUGAGUUUAGUUACGAGUGCAUCCUAUGUUUACGCUGGUACAGAAACAGGAGAGAUAUUGAUAUAUGAUUUAGAGACUUAUCAAUUUAAGGAAUCGUUACCGGGUCACAAUGGUAGUAUUUUCAGUCUGCUAUUAACUUCGUGUGCCGCAACACCGACAAAGCCUUCUCACAACCUGCUGGUAUCCGCCGCUAGCGACUCGUUGAUAAAAGUGUGGUCAUUGUCCACUUUAUCCGAAUUAUACACAAUUUAUUCAUAUUAUGACAUUGGUGAUAUUUUCAGUCUUGCAUGGUCUCAAGAUUAUCAGACAUUAUACUUUGGAGCUCAGAAUGCCAGCAUCCAAUGGAUCAAAUUACAUGGGGACGCGACUGAGGCUGGCACGAAACAAGAUCCUAGUGGACUUCCUUCUGUACGAUUUGAUAAGUUUUUUGACUCGACGGGCCCCGGAGGCAAGUUAUCACCCCAACAACAUGCAAUUAAACUUAAGAGAUCAUCUUCGUCAAGUCGUUCCUCAUUUACGGACCUCACUAAAGCCGGGUUGAGGCGAGAGAGCCCAGGACCAUUCCAGACUUCUGGCUCACCGCUUGUAAAUGAAAGGUUGCUUAGUUCCACUGAAAAUGAUGGUACCAAUGACUCUGCUGUUGCUGUGGACGGAGAUGUCUCAUCUGUUUUCUCCUUUGUUAACGAUUCGACAGAUUCUUUCAAUGCUAAUUCGAAUGAUUCAUCACUGCUUGAAGUGCUACGAAGUAAUAUUGUUAGAUUUGCGCAUAAUGGUUAUAUUCAUUCAAUGCUUGUUACUAAAACCGUCUCUACAAAUAAUGGACUGGAUGUUUUAGUUUCGGGUGCUGGCGAUGGAACUGUCAAGAUUUGGAAUCUGAACAAAGGUAGCACCUUGCACCUGUUGCGUAGCUUAGAGCUUGAAAACAGCAUCAUGUCAAUGAUUCGUGGGACUGAUUCAUUUCUAUAUUGUGGUCUAACUAAUGGACAAGUGGUAAUGUAUGACAUCGAUACAUCUCAAGUUUUGCGGGUCGACACGCAGGAGUCUUCGGACGUUAUGGCACUUUGCGCAGUCGGUGAGAGUGUUUUUAAAGGGACUGCAGGACUUGUGCAAAAAUGGGAUCCUUCAAAAUAUUGCCGUUCAGAAUGGAAAGCCCACAAUGGGUUGACUCUGGCCAUGGCUUUUUCUUCAUACAAAAGCAACCCUGUUUUAAUCAGUGGCGGUAACGAUGCUACUAUUGCACUAUGGGAUAUAAACAAUACGGUAAAGACAGCUAGUGAGAUUCCAUCAUUGGGUCCAUUAUCCAUAUCUCCUCCAACAGCUACUCCUAAUCUGACUUCUUCACCGUCAGUUGCAGAGCCACUAACAAAUAAUGUGGUUGCAUUAGAUAAUGACAAUAUGAUUCAAACUUUGACUGAGUUUGUAUCAUACAAAACUAUCUCGGGUUACGACUUUCGGCAUUGGAGUGAUAAUAGAAGGUGCGCUACUUAUCUUCGCAGCCUUCUUAAUCAUUUUGGAGCAUCCUCUCAGCUUUUAGCGGUGCAUCCUAAUGGCAAUCCCAUUGUUUACGGAUGCUUCUCCGGAAUAGAUAGCGGCAAUAAUUCAAAAAAGUCACGGAUUCUUUUUUAUGGCCAUUAUGAUGUAAUCACUGCAUCUCGCUCUGAUAAAUGGGAGACAGAUCCUUUUGACCUUACCGCUAUCGAUGGUUAUCUUUACGGAAGAGGCGUAUCUGACAAUAAGGGGCCCAUUUUAGCUGCUAUUUUUGCGGUUGCAGAGCUUUUUCAAUCUUCGAAACUUCAAAAUGACGUAGUUUUUCUCUUCGAGGGUGAAGAAGAAUGUGGUAGUACUGGAUUCUCGGAAACAAUUUUAAAAAAUAAGGAAUUGAUUGGAAACAUCGAUUGGAUUAUUCUAAGCAAUUCAUACUGGCUUGAUGAUACUACGCCUUGCUUGAAUUAUGGAUUGAGGGGCAUUAUAAAUGCUUGUAUAACAGUUAGUAGUGACAAACCGGACUUACAUUCAGGCGUACAUGGCGGAGUGCACCGCGAACCAACCGUUGAUAUGGUAAACCUAUUAGCCAAACUGACAUCCGACGACGGAAAGAUACUUAUUCCUCAGUUUGACGACUCAGUACGACCCGUGGAUGCUGAAGAGGAUAAGCUUUACGAAGCCAUUACUCGCACCCCUGGAGUCUUAGAAGAUAAGGAAACACUGAUGCGAAAAUGGAGAUAUCCCUCCAUGACCAUUCAUGGCAUAAACGCAAGCGGGCCAGGAAAUACAACUGUUAUCCCUGCAUCAGUCUCGGCCUCAAUAUCAUUCCGCAUUGUUCCCGAUCAAGAUAUUGAGCAAAUUAAAAAGUCAGUCCAAGAUUACCUUGAAGGAUCUUUUUUGAAGUUCAGGUCUUCCAACAAGCUCUCGGUGAAUUUUUCGCAUGAAGCAGAACCAUGGCUUGGCGAUCCCACCAAUAAACCAUUUCAAAUCCUGCGGCGAGCGUUGCGGAAUGAGUGGCAAGUAGAACCACUCUUUAUUCGAGAAGGAGGAUCUAUUCCUGUUGUCAGAGUUCUAGAAAAGAUAUUUGAUGCGCCUGCUGCUCAACUUCCCUGUGGCCAGGCAAGUGACCACGCGCAUUUGGAUAACGAGCGACUUCGUAUCACAAACUUUUUUAAAACUCGCAACGUAUUCAAACAGGCUUUUACAGAGCUCUGCAAAGAUUAA